AUGUUGGAGCACCAGGGCAAUGGGGUCAAGUCGCCACCCACUCACAGAAUAUCCUUCUCCAUUCUAGACAUUCUGGACCCGAAUAAAUUCACCUGUAAAAAACAGAACAAUUGCUCACCAGAGACCAGAGUCACUGCUAUACGGAAGCUUUCACAAAACGAGGACGAAACUUUGGAGACAGUGGCUAAGAAUGACGCUGAAACAGACUGGAACUCUGAAGACCCGCAGUGUGGUAAGGAAGAAAGAGAUGAACAACUUGGUUCUGUAGUACAAAAAGGCCACUCAGACAAACCCGAGGAAUGUCCUCUACUGACUGAUAAAGAACCCGAGGUUUCACUGGAGACAGAUAUCAAAGACGGAGAUCACGAGUGCGAACUCGAAGUUGAGGAUUUCUCAGCUGACGGUUCUCAGGACUCCUCGAAGCAAAAAAGAUGCAGCAAGACCGACCAAGGUUGCGCAAAGCCAAGGCGCGCGAGGACUGCCUUUACCUACGAGCAGUUGGUGGCGAUGGAAAACAAAUUCAGAUCAACACGGUACCUGUCGGUGUGCGAACGCCUCAACCUCGCCUUGUCUCUCAGCCUGACAGAAACCCAAGUCAAAAUCUGGUUUCAGAACAGGAGGACCAAGUGGAAGAAGCAAAAUCCAGGGGCCGACAGUACAAUACAGACUGGAGCCAACUCACUCACUGUCGGCUGCAGUCCAAGUCACCCUGGGUCCGGUGGUCUAAACUUCCAGACUUUUCACACUUUCAACCCAGGGAAUAUGCUCUUUCCCACAACUAGUGCAGUGCCGUUACAAUCCACUGGAGGACUCCUCAAUCCCUUUUUAAACACGGCUUACCUACCACCGUCAUUUUACACACCGCAUUUAUGA